AGAACUGUUACAGUGGAGCACUACAAGGCGGCAAUGUUACUAAGCGGUGUAGGUGACGCUCUUGGCUACAGAAACCAGAAGUGGGAGUACAAUGAGUCCGGACCAGACAUUCACAAGGAGCUGGAGGAGCUUGGCGGUCUGAAGAACAUCAAGGUGGAGCUCCCAGAUUGGCCCGUGAGCGAUGACACCGUCCUGCAUCUAGCCACAGCAGAGGGACUUGCCACAGGCAAAAAGGGAGAGGAGCUUCUUCACGAGGUGGCUGCUCGUUAUGUGGAGGCCAUGAAAGACAUGGAAGGGAGGAAACCAGGACCCUCAAGCAUUCUAGGGGUGUCGCAAUUGAGACCCGGGGAGGAAGAAGGCUUCAGAGUUCCUUACAAUCCGGAUGCGACCGGCUGCGGCGCCGCCAUGAGAUCCAUGUGCAUCGGGCUGAGAUACCCCAAACCUGAUCAGCUAUUAUCCCUGGUGGCAGUCGCCGUGGAGACAGGCAGAAUGACCCAUCCCCACCCAACGGGUUUCCUAGGGGCGGUGGCGUCGGCCCUGUUUGUCGCGUACGCUGCUCAACGGAGGCCCGUCACCACGUGGGGCGUGGGCUUGCUUAACGAGGCGUGCCCCGUGGCCAGGAAUUUCGUGCAGGGGCGGGGCUUCGCUGUGGAGGAGACAGAGCGAGACUGGAGCUACUUUUGCGAUAAGUGGCAGUGGUACCUGGAUUUGAGGGGCAUUUCAAACGGGGUGGGUCCCGCCAAUUGGCCUGAAUCUUACGGGCCUGCCGAGAGAGAUCAAUCGUACAAGAGCUUCAGCCUGGCAGGUUGGGCCGGGAGGAGCGGUCACGACGCGCCCAUGAUCGCGUUGGACGCGCUACUGUCGGCCGGCGCCAACUGGGAGGACCUCAUGAGUAGGGCGGCCUUCCACGGAGGUGACAGUGACAGCACGGCAGUCAUCGCCUGCUGCUGCUGGGGUCUCCUCCACGGCACCCGGAGCGUCCCCUUAGGAAACUACGAGCGCCUGGAGUACCGCCAGCGACUGGAGCGCAGCGGUGAGCUGCUCUACGCGUUGGCGCACUGA